AUGUUUCGCCGCGGCAAGUUCUCCUUUCUGAGCAGCAAAGAUGAUCGCAUCAAGAUAAUCAACGAACGCAUUAAUCUCACCGAACGCCAUUUGAUGGAAAUGUGCUCAGCAUUUUCCCUGCUCACACGGAAAAUGGCCAAAUACCGCGAUGCACACGAUGAGCUGGCCAAGAAUGUUAAAAACUAUGCCGAUGACGAGGAAAUCAACGAGAGCCUCUGCAACGGCCUGAAGAGCUUCACCAAUGCGCUGACCAUAACGGGAGACUACAUGGACAUCAAUGUGCACAGGCUGGAGCUGAAGAUUGUCAACGAGCUGGCCCACUUCGAGCAGCUGUGCAAAUCGACGAGGGACAGCCUGCGUCUGGCUGUCAUAGCCCGGGACAAGGAGGUGCUCAGCCAGCGCCAAAUGCUGGAGCUCAAGUCCAAGUUUGCGGCCAACAAUAGCGCCGCCGACUCGGAGCUGUUCAAAACCAAAAUGGAGGUGCAGCGCGCCAACAAGGAGAUCGACGAGAUCAUCAGCAGCUUUGAGCAGCGCAAGCUGCGGGAUCUGAAGCAGGUGCUCAGCGACUUUAUACUGAUUGCCAUGAAGCAGCACACCAAGGCCCUGGAGGUGCUCAGCGCCAGCUACUAUGAUGUGUGCAACAUCGACGAGCGCGACGAUUUUCUGCAAUUUCAGAAACUGAUGAAAACCAAAGAGGAGCCCACCGCACGCAAGUCGACGCUGAAGAAGGGUCUGCGCGCCCAGUCUAUGGACAGUCUGGAGCGUGAGCACUUGAGUCCGCUCAAGCGUCAGCAUAAGCUAUCCAGAAGCAGCAAGAAUUUAACUGGCGCCGGCAUAAGCCGUUCCAGCAAGGCCGAACCGAGCGAGGAGGAGGAGGAGGACGACGACGAUGAGAGCGAGCUCGACGAGGAAGAUGACGAGGAGGAGGACGAGCAGGUGGAGAGCGAACAAAGCGCCGAGGAGGAGGCGCAGGAAGAGGCCUCAGGCAGCGCCUCAGACGAUGAACUGGAUCAGGAAGCGCCCUCAACGCCGCUCGAGAAUGUGUUUGGCGUGAAGACGCGCGGCAAGGACUCGGCCAGCAAGCCAGCGCGCCAGACCGUCAAGCAUCCGUUUAAGGCCGUGGCAGCCACGCACGUAAGAUUGCAAAAGCAAUUCCAUGUGCCCCAAAACUAGGAAACUACUUAGCACUCAUUUGCAUAGCACGCCCGCGCUUGCCCACAAACACACGCCACAUUAUUUAUCCCAAAUAAACAAGAAUCGAAGCAGCUUCGGGCAGCCGAAGUCCAAAUACCCUUGCAGACCUUUUCUGGGCGACAAAUAUUUCCAUAUAAAAUGUAAAUUCAAUG